CUUAAUUGAGUUUGAAUGAUGAAGUUAACUGCCUUAAUAAUAUUCUCAGCACUCUGUGUGGCUCAGGUGGAGUUGUUUACGGCGAGAAAUCGGAUUACGAAUGGAGAGCUCGCUGCAGUUGGGCAAUUCCCAUACCAGGUGGGCUUCAACGUUUCGUUUGGCAACAGCAGCACCUGGUGUGGCGGCACCUUGAUCAGCCAUCGCUGGAUUCUGACAGCCGCCCACUGCCUGGAUGGGGCAGUGAAUGCCACUGCCUACCUGGGUGCACUCAACAUAACGAAUGAGCUGGAGCCAGGCCAGCGGCGCUAUCAGGUGCACAAGUCGCACAUGAUCGUGCAUGCCAACUGGACGGUCAGCACGGUGGCCAAUGACAUUGCGCUGGUGCAGCUGCCUCUGGCGGUGGAGUUCACGGAUCGAGUGAGGGCGGCUGAGCUGCCCAGAGGAUUGAACGGCAGCUACUCCAGCUACGAGCAGAUGACGGCCUAUGCCUCCGGCUGGGGCAGGGACAGCGAUAGCGCCAACUCGACGUCGCCCACGCUGCGCUUCGUGGCAAUGCCCGUGAUGCCACAGGCACGCUGCAAGCUGUACUGGGGCGGCUCGCUCUCCGAGAAGAUGCUCUGCAUGAGCACCAGCAGCGGCAAGUCCACCUGCCAGGGCGACUCCGGUGGCCCGCUGAUCUACAAGGAGGACGGCAACAACUAUCUGAUCGGGGUCACCUCCUUUGGCCUCGCCACGGGCUGUGAGAUUGGCUUCCCGAGCAUCUUCACGCGUGUCACGAGCUACCUCGAUUGGAUUGGGCACCACAUAAACAAUUGAAAUGGCUGGCAAAUAGA